AUGCACAUCAAGAUCCCCUGGACUAUCGGGCUUCUGGUUCAGGUAGCAUGUUCCCACGGCAGGAUAAAGCCGAACUACACCUCACCAUCUGGAGUACAGAUUUUCAAUCCGUCUAACUUUUUCAACGCCACGGGACCGUGGAGUUUGAUGUCUAUCGCGGGAGACACUUUGUACAUUUCCGGUAUGCGCGGCAUCUAUCCCCCGAACAGCACGCUCGCGCCGGUGGGCCUUGCUCGUGUGAGGCAAGCUUACCAGAACAUGGCGACGCUCGCCGAGAUGGUUGGAUCGGACGUCAAUUCCUGCGUGCGGCUGGUCGUCUACGUGACUGAUAUGUUCCGGUACCGGCCGAUGUGUAACCAAGCGCAGGUUGAAAUAUGGGGGGACGACCCCAGCAGAUAUCCGCCUCGGACGAUUAUCGAGGUGGGCAGACUGAAUGACGAUGACAUUGUCGAGGUGGAGGUCCUAGGCGGUAAGCAGCGCUCUAGAACAUAG